GUGCCAUCGUCUCGGCGCACAUUCGCGCACGGGUUUCAGCUGAAAAUGGACGUUUCGUGAGCGCUUUGGGGCAAAUUGCGAUACACCGAUACUGGCUUUAUUUUUUUAUUGAGGCUGCUUUAACCUUGCUUGUUGUGAGAAAUAUUAUAUAUAUAAUCUAUAUAUAAUCGUGUUGUUAACAUAAAACCGAAGUGUGAUUAAAGCAAAAAAAGUGAUUAAAAACCAAGAAACAACCGCGCUGUGCAAUACUUCUACAAAAACAACCCAACAAAAACAAAUAAAAUUUUCUACAACUCUCCUACCCAACCCCAAACAAUAAGUGUUUAAGCGUCAGCAACAAAACGCAAUCGUAGCAUUUGACCGCAACAUGGCUUGGGGUUACUGGAGCGCCACCACAGUAGAUCGUGGACGUUCGCCACGACGCAAUACGCAAUGUACACCAUUACCGGUGAAUUUGAUGCAACAGGAAGAGGACAACAGCACGCAAAAUGCGUCAGCAGCCGCCGCAGCCUCGGCAACGAACAGCAAUGCCGGCAAUGGCAGCGGUGGUGGCGGCGGCGGCGGCGGUGGCAACUCGAAUACUUGCCCGAAUACACCAUCCGGCACGCAAGCGAAUCUCUGCUACAGUCCAACGUGUCGCAGUCGCUGCAGUAGUCCCUGCCCGGGCAGUCCGUGUCCGGGUAGUCCAUGCGGCUCGAUAACACCGCCACCGCCGCCACAAUUGACAUCGUCGCAACAGCAUUUGCAUCAGCAUUCGAAUAAGAAUUGCCCGGCCGCACAGCAAAUACUCAAUUUGGAUGAUUAUCCGUCGCGGCGGCAAUCGUUGGAUCGGCUAGAUAGUCCACAGUCGAAAUAUUUUGGUCUGCAGGCCAAUCAACUGUCGGAUAUAUUGUGUCGCGGCGCCGUCGUCUCAUCCAUACAAUCGGCCAACAACACGUUGACGCGCGGCGUCUCACUGCACAGCCGCAGCGGUAGCGCUCACGGUAGCAUUCAUGGUGGCAGUCAUCACGGCAGCUAUGGUGGCGGCGUCGGCGGCGGUGGAACUGGUAGCGCGCACGGUUCCAUGGGCUGUCUGCAGGGCAGCAUGGGACAUUUGAUGGGCGCCGGUGGCAUUGGCGGCGGCAUGGGUGGCGCUAGCACCAGCGGCAGCGUCGGCAUGCUGUCGGGCGCAAUUGAUACCGGCGACUAUGAUGUACCGCAUCCGCAUCCCUAUACGCAUCAUUAUAUGCAGACAUCGACAUCGAUAACGCCGCCACAUUCCACAAUGAGUUUGAUCGGUUCACGACCCGGCUCGGCCGGUGCUUGUCCGGGUCAUGAUUCGGGCUCAGACUCGAGUCAAGGUUGCGGCUCUACAAUGGGUGGCGGCAUCGGCGGCGGCGGCGGCGGUGGUGUUGUACAUGGCAUGGGCGGCAUGAGCAUUGGCAGCGGUCAUGCUGGCCAUAUGAUGGGCGGUGGCGGUGGUGGUAUUGGUGUUGGUGUGGCCAUGGGCAUGGGCAUGAUUGGCGCUGCUGGCAUGAGUGGUCAUCAUCAUAGCGGUGGCAGCGGUUCGUUGGGACGCUGUUCAAGUCGUUGUCAUAAUACAAUGAAUACAACAACAAACACCACCACCACCACCACUGAUGAUUCGGGCGGUGGCAGCGGUGGUAGUGGUGGCAGCGUUUUUAUCGGCAGCUGUCGCAUGGGCCCAGCCACGAGUGGUGGCGUCGGCGUCGGCGUUGGCGUCGGUGUCGGUGUGGGCGUUGUUGGCAUCAAUGUCGGCGGCGGCAUGGGUGGCGGCAUAAUGGAGAAUCCGCAUCGCAGCAGCUUGCAUGGCAGCGAGGGUAGCGGCUUGAAUGUUUGCGGCAUGGGCGGUAGCGGUGGCAGUGGCGGUAGUGUUGGUGGUCGCAGCAGCACACUCGGCACCAUACAUAAUGGACAUCAUCAUCAUCAAUAUCACCAUGAAUGUAUACACUACGAGCGUCUACCUAUACCUGUUCCUAUACCGACUGUGCCAAUACAACAGCAACAGCAACAACACUUGCAUUCCGAAGAAGAAAUCGAACCAGCCUAUGCAACAGUAUUUCCAAAUGUACCUUCUGCACCUGGCCUGUCCUGUGAUGGCGAAGAUCGCAGCAUCUACAGACGUGGCGCACGCAGAUGGCGCAAACUCUACCGAGUCAACGGACACAUUUUCCAAGCCAAACGCUUCAAUCGCCGCGCCUUCUGCGCCUACUGUCAGGACCGCAUCUGGGGCUUGGGACGGCAAGGUUUCAAGUGCAUACAAUGCAAAUUGUUGGUGCACAAAAAAUGCCAUAAACUCGUACAGAAGCACUGCACCAACGAGCAUGUGGAGCCGUUAGUCAAGGAGCGCGACGACGCUUUCGCCGAACAGCUGCCGCAGGUGUUGCCACCGUUGCCCGAUUAUGCGUCGCAGGCGAGUGGCAGUAGUCACGGUGGCAUGGUGGAUGCCAGCGAUCCGUUAGCGGCGCUCGAACUGCAGCCGCACGAUGGACAGUUGCAGCAGCAACAGCAACAACAUCAAAAUAUUGAAGAACAAUUGGAGCCGGGCACACAGCGGCAAUAUUCCAUAAACGAUUUCGAAUUGAUACGCGUCAUUGGACGUGGCAGCUAUGCCAAGGUCUUGAUGGUCGAACUGAAGAAUACCGGGCGCAUAUAUGCCAUGAAAGUGAUUAAGAAGGCGCUCGUCACCGAUGAUGAGGACAUCGAUUGGGUGCAAACGGAGAAGCAUGUCUUCGAGACGGCAUCGAAUCAUCCGUUCUUGGUCGGUUUGCAUUCGUGCUUCCAGACACCGUCACGUCUAUUCUUCGUGAUUGAGUUUGUGCGCGGCGGUGAUCUUAUGUUCCAUAUGCAGCGGCAACGUCGUCUACCCGAGGAGCAUGCGCGCUUCUAUGCGGCGGAAAUCAGUUUGGCAUUGAACUUUUUGCACGAGAAGGGCAUUAUUUAUCGUGACUUGAAGUUGGAUAAUGUGCUGCUCGACCAUGAGGGUCACAUUAAGUUGACCGAUUAUGGCAUGUGUAAGGAGGGUAUACGUCCCGGUGACACGACCUCCACCUUCUGCGGCACACCCAACUAUAUAGCGCCGGAGAUUUUGCGUGGCGAAGACUAUGGUUUCUCAGUGGAUUGGUGGGCGCUGGGCGUGCUAUUGUACGAGAUGUUGGCCGGCCGUAGUCCAUUCGAUAUAGCCGGCGCAUCGGAGAAUCCCGAUCAGAACACUGAAGAUUAUCUGUUCCAAGUGAUUUUGGAAAAGACCAUACGUAUACCGCGUUCGCUGAGCGUCAAGGCCGCGUCUGUAUUGAAAGGUUUCCUUAAUAAAAAUCCAGCUGAUCGCUUGGGUUGCCAUCGUGAGUCCGCUUUCAUGGACAUUGUGAAUCAUCCAUUCUUCAAGAGUAUCGACUGGGAAAUGAUCGCACAAAAGGAGGUACAACCACCAUAUAAGCCAACAUUUGAUCCUGGCGAUCCAUAUAUGGCCACAAAUUUCGAUACGCAAUUUACUAGGGAGCCAGCCGAGUUGACGCCAGAUGAUCCUCGCGUCAUUGACAAGAUCGAUCAAUCGGAGUUUGAAGGCUUCGAGUAUGUGAAUCCGCUGCUGAUGUCUUUGGAGGAUUGCGUCUGACACCACGAGUCAUGUGAUUUGCAUCCCUAUAAUAUGCGUUUGUAUGGCGAGGACUCCAGUGAUUAUGACUCAGUAGCUGAUGAUUUAAGUAUUUUGCAAUUGCACGCACCGCCGCCAACAACCGCUAACAAUAAUCUAACGAAUCUACGCAUGCAGCAACAACAACAACAUUUACAACAACAUCACCAACAGCAGCAGCAGCAGCAGCAUCAACAAAUGCCGCCGCUAAAUCAGAAUCCCAAUCAUAGUCAGAAUAAUCAUCAUAACGCACAUGUUUUGCCUUCCAUUAAAUUAAAAUAAACAAGAAAAUUGCAGAAACAAAAAAUAAAAUUAAAAAAAAUAUUAAAAAAAUGCAAACAGUAAAUCAGAAACCAAUAAUGUCAAGCGUAAAGUGAAAGUAAACAUUAAAGAAGCAAGUAAGAAACGAAAAAAAAAAACAAAAUACGAAAUAAAUUACAACAAAAACAGCUAGAGCGGAUGAAACACUAACAGCACAUAUGAACAUAUUGUGACAACAAGCAUAGUGCAGCAACCACAACAACAACAAUUACUACUACUACGUACACUAAUAUACAACAACAGCUAUUCGUAUAUGUUUUUGCUGUGUGUGUGUGUAAGUUUAAGGCAGGCAACAAUUAGGCGUUUUCGAAAGGCGUUGAAGAAUAAUUAAACGUGCAUUAGCGUCCUUUUAACGAAGAAAGACAGAAAGCAAGCAUAUGUUGCUCAAAAAAUUUAGACAUCUGCAAGUAUUUUUGUUACAAAAAAGUAGUGGUAAAUUAAAUUUUUUUAAAAUAAUUUUCGAAAAAAUAUGGGCGAAAUUUUUGGCAACUUUUAUUUAUUUAAAACUUUGUAAUGGUGCAAAACAUUUUGAAUUUUUUUUUUGUCGUUUUUGAAAAUUUUUUAAAUAAUUUAUAGAUAAAUUUUUAAUAAAUGCGAAACAUUUUAAAUUUUUUUUUGUCGUUUUUGAAAAUUUUUAAAUAAUUUGCGUUAAAUAAUUUAUAAAUAAAUUUUAAUUAAAAUUUUAAAUAUAAUUCAAAAAUUUUCAAAACCAAUUAAAAAAAUUUCAAAAUGUGUCGAAUGUAAUUUUAAAAUGUAGUGUGGUGUUGAAAAAUAAUUAUUUAACACAAAUUUUAUUAAAAAUUUUUUAAAAUAAUUCAAAAUGUUUCGAAUUUACAUUUAAAAUCUUUUGUGAUGUUGAAAAAUAAUUAUUUAAGGAAAAUACAGCAAAAGCCGAGCGUAAGAAAUUUCAAAAUGUUUCGAAUGUAAUUUUAAAAUGUUUUGUGGUGUUGAAAAAUAAUUAUUUUACACAAAUUUUUUAAAAAUUUUCUAAAAUAAUUCAAAAUGUUUCGAAAGUAAUUUUAAAAUGUUUUGUGGUGUUGAAAAAUAAUUAUUUAAGCAAAAUACAGCAAAAGCCGAGCUUAACAAUUUUCAAAAACAAUUCAAAAAUUUGCAUAAUUUUUCGAAUUUAAUUUUAAAAUGUUUUGGGGUGUGCAGAAAUAAUUUUUAACAAUUUUCAAAAACAGUUAAAACAUUCGAAAUCAUUCGAACUUCAUUUUAAAUCAUUUUAAAUAGGCUGGUGGUGCUAAAAAAAUAAUUAUUUAACACAAAUUUUUUAACAAUUCGAAAAUUUUCAAAAUGUUUCGAAUUUAAUUUUAAAAUGUUUUGUGAUGUUGAAAAAUAAUUAUUUAAGGGAAAUACAAAAAAAAGCCGAGCGUAUAGGUUUAUCUUCGCGCUAUUGAGAUUGCUUUUGUUACCUAAAUCGAUGCAUACUUUUAGGGUGUUAGCAUGCAAGCAAAUUUUUCUGCGAAAAAAAAGUUAAAAACGAGGCUCGAAAAUAAUAAUUUUUAAAAUAUUGUACCAAGCAAGAAAUUCGAAUAUUUGAAGCGAAAAAAUGAAAUCUUCGAAAAAAUGUUUUCGAUUGUUGGGGCUUCGUUGUUAAAUAAUCUAAUUAUUUGAUAUUCUAUAAUUCUAUAAAAAUGUAAAAUACUUUUUUUAGUCUAAAAAAAAACUCAUCGUGUCGAAUUAUAGUUAUAUUGAGAAAUUUUUUUACACUGGGUUGAUUUUUUUGCUUUUAUUCGAAAAGUAUGCAACAGUUUAGAACUUUCGAUCUUUGGUUUUUGGCUGUUUGCAUAUAUGCAAAUAAAAUUUAAAUAAUUGCUGCAAUGAGCAAAUUUGGUCGAUUUGUUUUGCUUUCAGCUGAAAAGUAUGCAACGUUUUAGAAAUUUUGAUACAUUUUUCAAGCUGGCAUGUAUGUGGGCCUUAUCCUUUCCCUUUUAUGGUAAUAUUUGAUUGCGAAAGUGAGUUAAUGCAUUAUUGAAGAAAACAUUGGACAGUGCUGCCAAUUAGUGAGAAAUUACAAUGCCUGCUAACUAAAACAAAAUAAAUGACGAAAAAAAUUUAAAGAUGCUGCUAGUAAUAAACUGACGUUGUUGAAGCUGCUGAAAAACAAAAAAGAAAAAACAAAAACAAAAAGUAAAGUGGUCAAUAGGAAAUUUGUAAGAAAACCAGCUGUUACAGUUAUGUGUGCAUGCGGAGUUAGUGACAGUUAAUGUUAAGACGCAACUGAAAGGUUUUUUAAUAUUAGCAUAAAACAUAAAUUAAUGAAAUAAUAUGAAAGAAUUAAGAAACAAUUAAAAAAAUUAAGAAAUAAUUAAUAGAAAAUUAAUUACAAACGCAAAACGAACAACUAAACAAAAUAUUGUGACAUUUUAGCAAAGCAUGUUGGCGUAAAUUAACAAAAAUCACCACUUACAUACACAUAUAAAUUCAAAAAAAUUCACACACACACACAAAAAAUUAAUUUAAGGCAUGCCAAGUAAUUAUGUAAUUGCAAUUGAACUGUGUGUUUGUAGCGAGCAAGCGGCAAGCGAGCAAAACUAAAACAAAAAAAAAAAAAAAAAACAAAAACAAUUAGCGCGAGUAAUGAAAAUUAUGUGAAAUUAAAGUUUUCAAAAUAUUUUACUUUUUAAAAUACCACAUUCACUCACAUAUACACACACAUACGAUGGUACUUUAGUCUAGAUUUAUUGCUAAAUAAAUGAAAAAAAAAACAACAACAAAUUAAUUAAAUAAAACUAUGUAUUGUACUACAACUACGACUACAGCAAAACUACUAUUAUUACUAAAUAUUAAUAUGUAAGCCAGAAGUAAAUUCUAAAACAAUUAAAAACACGCAAAUAUUAUAAAUAUAUUUUUUAAAUUUUUGCUGCAAUAUUAUAUAAUGCGCAUGUGUACAGCGGCAGAAGGUUGUGCGGAAAAAAUAUUAUAACGGUAAUUAUUUUUGAAUAUUUUGUUUGAUACAAAAUUUUUUCGAAAACACCUGAGGGUUUCGCUAUAUUCGAAACAUUUCAAAAAUGAUACUUCACUAUGUUGUUGUUGUAAGAAUUUAAAAAACUAAAAAAAAACUUAUUUCGAAAUUUCAGAGAUAGUUGCAGGGUUCAGGAUUUUCAAAACAUUGCAAAUAACUAUUGUUUUCAAAAGUUCACAUGGCUGAUAGGUUCGGGAUUUUUAAAACAAUUUCAAGAAUUUAAAAAAAGCAACAACAACACUUUUUUUUCGAAGUUUCAGGCAGCUGGAGGGUUCGAGAUUUUCAAAAAAUUUCAAAUAUGAUACUAUGUUGUUCUUGUAAGAAUUUAAAAAACUUAAAAAAACAACAACAAAAUUUUUUUUUCGAAAUUUCAGGCGGCUGAAGGGUUCGGGAUUUUCAAAAACCAUGGCAAAUAUGUUUAUUCACUAUGUUGUUGUUGUUGUAAGAGUUCCAAAUACUUACGGUUGUAGUAGAGUGUUAAUGAAGUCACAAAGCUCUUAUAAAUUUGCAUGUUUUAUUCGAAUAGUUAUUGUGAAGACAUAGCCAUAACUUAACUGUUCGAAAAUGCUCGGAUUUAUAUUCAAAAAAUUGUUGUAAUUUCUGAGGUGUGGCGAAAAAAAAGCUUAUUAGCCAUACAAACAUAAAAUCUACAACUUCGUUAGUCGAAUUUCGAAUAUGUUUCGAACACUUUUUUCGAUUUAAAAUUUGAUUUCUUUUAAAAAGUUUAUUAGCCAUACAAGCACAAAAUCUACAACUUUUAUCUCGUUAGUCAAAUUUCGAAAAUUUUUCGAACACUUUUUCGUGCUGAAAUUUUACUUCUUUUAUGCCUUAUUAACCAACGGUUUUUUCGAGCACUUUUUUCGAGUUAAUAUUUUAUUUCGUUUCGUGUAUUAUUUUACCAAUGAUUUUUCGAAAUUCAUGCUCAGUAAAUCUACUAAAUUACUCCUAUUUAAGGAUAUGCAGCAGUACACAUGCGCUGAUUUUAGAAAAAUUACUUUCGUUUUCGUGAUUUCUUGUUUAUCCGUUCGAAAUCUGUUUCAGAGAGCUAAAAGUUAGAAAUGGUAAAAUCGAAAAAAAUAUUUUAAACAAUUCUGACGAAAAACGAGUGCGUUUUCUAAAAAGAAACUAAUAUUCUCAUAAGUAUAUGUAAUUAUUGCAAAACAAAAUUAAAAAUUUCGAACUUCGAAAAACAUUCCGAAAUUUCGAACUUCGAAAAAACAUUCCAACUGUACUUAAAGCGGUGUUAUUUUAUAUAUUUAUCUAAAUUUUCCCAAAUAAAAAGUAUUUUAUCAAAUAUUGUGUUACACGUAAAUUACAUACACACAUACUACAUCCACACAUGCAAUGUUAUGAAUAUAAUUUAAUUAAGUAGUAGUGAUUUAAGCGUAAAAUUAAUAUAAAACAUGAAUAUUCUAAAAGAAGCAACACCCUUAACAUUAUUAUUAUUAUUACUAGAAACAAGAUGAACAAAGAAAAAAAUCACAAAACUUAAUGAUAACAAAACUUGAAAUCAAAGUUUAGUGCGCAGUGCAAGGGCAACUUUUAAUGUUUCGAUUAAGCUAAGACAUAAAAAAUACAUAAAUACAAUUACAUACAUACUCUUAUGCUAACAACUCGAUAAUUAAGUUCGAAAAAUAAUUCUAAAACCGAAAAUAGUUAAAGUAAACUGUGAAUUUCAACACUCACAUAAAUACAUACAUACAUACAUGUAUGUUUUUAUUUUUGUUUCUGUUAAACAAUGUGUUUGUGUGUGCACCAACUACCUACAGGAUGAAGACAUUUGUGAGCACCAGUUGUCAGCAUUAUUAUUUGAGACUUUUGCCAGCGGAAGGAGGUGAAAUCGAAAUGUAAUAAUGUCACAUUUAUGCAAGUCAUAGAAAUACAUACAUACAUACAUACAUAGAUACAUAUGUGUUAUGUAUAUUUGUGGUCCUAUAGGGGAGGUGUGUAGCUCAAACAAAUUUUAGCCCCCACAUAAGGGUUAAGUGCAUAAGUUGAUUUUUUUUUAUUUAAAAUGUAAAAUUUUUUUAAAGUUCGAAAAUAAUAAUUUCAAAUAAAUUUUUUUUAACAGUUUGGUUAGUAAAAAUUUGUUGCUGUAGAAUUUAUAUAUGUAAAUGUAUUUGCCCGCUUUAUUCAAACUGAUUUUUAUAUUAUUUUUUUUGUGUAUUUUAACUAAAGCAAAAAUUCGAAACUAAAAUAAAAUUUUUUAAUAAAAAUGUUAAGAAUUAAAAUAAUUCAGAUUUUCAACUAUUUUGAAAAAAAAAUUUCGAACUUAAAUUUUUUUCGAAAUUAAAAUUCUUUCGAAAUUACAAUUUUUUUCGAAAUUAAUUUAAUUUUUAAUUUCGAAAUUUAAGUUCUUUCAAAAUUUCAAAGUUUCGAAAUUAAAAAAAUAAUGAAAAUUAAAAAAAAAAUCGAAAUUAACAAUAUAAAUCGAACUUAAAAAUAAAUCAGUAGUAAAAAUAUUUUCGAAAUUAAAAACUAAGUUUCAAAAAAAUCUCAAAUCCGCUAAAAACCAAAUUUUGCAAUAAAAAAGAGUUUCCCUUAUAUCAAACUAAUUUUUUUUAAAUAACCUUCAAUAUACAUAAUUUUAUAAACGUAUCACCCCUCUAUCAUGACUUGCAUAAAUGCGGUUUUAGUUAAGGCUAAGUUAAAAAGUUACUCAAAAAAAUUAUAUGCCGAGUCUCAACUCAUGCAAACUAAAUAUUUGUUAUGCACAAAAAAAAUAUUUGUUUAUAAAACUAAAUAGUAUUAAAAUUAAAAAAUGUAAUUUUAUUAAACAAAAAAAAUUGGACUUUGACUAUUAAGGAGCGGUGUGUAAGGAAUCAAGCGGGAGAUAAAAAACGGAUACUCAAAAUUCUGUAAUAAUACUUGAUUUAUAUCAGUUUUCAAAACAAAAAAAUUAUUUUCAAAUCAAUUAAUUUCGAAAGUGGAAUUUUUAAAGUUUUAUAAAAAUAUCUUAAAUUCAGUUAUUUCCUAAGGGGCUUGCGAAACCUGUUUAAAAAAUAUUCUUGCAGAUUUUUUGACAUAAAGAUUGAAGCUGUAUGAAAGGAUUUCACAAAAAGGUAAGAUUUUUUAUAAUUGGCUACAACUCAUUCUUCGCCUGAACAAAAUUUUUCCAAAAAAAAAAACAUUAUUGACCACACUUUUGACAAUAUAGGGUAAUUUUUUCGUGCUGAAAUAUUGAAGCCCCCAUCCUUAGAGUUCCGGUUGACCAAAUUUUUAUUUCGAAAAAGUUUUAUUUUUCGAAAAAAUAUUUUAUUAAUUUUCGGAAAAUUUAUUUUUUUAUUUCGAAUAAUAAGAGCAAAACAGUUCUAAAAUUCAGGUUAUUUUAUUUAAAAAAAAUCUUUUUUGAGUUUUUUGAAAAAUUAAUUUUUUUUUUUCAAAACUAUUUUUCGAACUUACUUUUUUUAUUAAGUUAUUAGGCUUUAGUGGAAUUUUACUUUUCAAAAUAAUUUUUUUCGGUUAAACGAAAAUAUUACUAUAAUUUUUAUUUUCGAAAAAAUAAUUUUUAAUUUCGAAUCAUAAAAAAUAUUUCUAAAAUUCUGGAUGAUCGAAAAAAUAUUUAUUUACAAAAAAAAGUUGUUUUAUUUUCGAAAAAUUUAUUUUUGAGUUUUUUGACAAAUUAUUUUUGUUUUUGAAAACUUCUUUUCAAAAACGUAUUUUUAUUUUCAGUUAUUAACUCAUGUAAGAGCAAUAAUUUGAAUUUUUUGAUUAUUUUCAACAUUAAAAAUUUGAUUUAUGUAUUAUAUGCUUUUGAAGAGCUAUUGUAAGAGCGUUCAGUAGUUUUAUUUUAAAAUACCGGUUGUCGAAAUUUUUAUUUUUAAAAAUAUAUUUAUUUUCGCUUAUAAUUCGGUUAUAAUUUUUAAUUUCGAAAUACGGAACAUAUUACUAAAAUUCCGGUUGUUCGAAAAAAUAUUUUUUCGAAAAUAUUUUAUUUUUUAUAUUUUCGAAUACUAACGAAUAAUGUAAAAUCAUAAAUAUUUAUUAUCGGCUAUUCGAAAACAUCACUUUAAUUUUUAUUUUCGAAAAAAUAAUUUUAAAUUUCGAAUAUUGAAAAAUAUUUCUAAAAUUCUAUUUUUUUCGAAUUUUUUUAUUUUUAAAUACUAAAGAAUAAUAUAAAAUUUUGAGGUUCAAAACUUGCAAAUUAGUGUGUCAAAUGUUUUUCGAAGGUUUGACUGUUUCACAUGCGUUAUUUAUAAAUCUGUGCAGUUUGAUUUCAAAAUACGAAAAUUUUCGGAAUUGACGGGUUUUUGAAAUAACGCUGAUUUUUCAGUUUUAAAUAAUAGUAGAGCAAUUCCAACACACCGCUUCCAGUUAUAGCAAAAUAGUAAUGAUAUUGUUUUGAAAGUUAAUUUUCAAAAUUAUUAGCACUUUUUUGGUGAAUUAAUUUUCAAAAUUAUUAAAAUUUCUUUCGUAAACGAUUUUCAAAAAUAUUGAAAUUUUAUUGCUGUCCCAAAAUGAAACGAAGUAUUUCGAGGCUCCUUAAAUAUCUAUGUAUGUGUGUUACUAAGUUCGUAUUGCUCAUACCCAUACUUUUGCACACACUACUAUUUACCUGAUGUACUCACUCGUCCGCUGCUAACAUGCCUUCGAAUUUUAAUUAACUUAAAUCUAUGUAACUGUGUAUUAAAACAGACUCGUAUUUGUAUGUGAUCGUAUUUUCAUCUUUAGUUAUCAUUAUUCUUUUUAUUAUUGUUAUUAUACAUAUUAUUAUUAAUAUAUAUGUAUAUAGUGUUAUUAUUAUUGUAUUAGUAAGGAGAAAUUAUUAAAUUAUAUACCUACGAUUAACUACAUACUUAAAAGACCAAGAAACACACUUCGAAAAUUAUCUUCAAAAAAAAAAAACAUUCAAGCAUACAAUUCUUAAAUAUACAAAAACAAAACGAUAAAAA